UCAAGUUAAUUUUACUAUAGUUUCAUUGCAUAGGCAGGUUUGUCAGUGAACAUUCUUCUUGUUUGAUACUUGAAAUUCCGAAUAAGCCGAACCAUGGCUCUUGCCGAAGUUUGUGGUAUAAAUUCUAUUGUUAAUUUCAAUCAUUCAAAAGAAUAUGAUCUUUUGAACAAUGGUAUUCCAAAUUAUGUUCACAAUUUCACAAACAAUGUGUCAUUAGCAAUGCCUCCUGUUUUCCCUCAAGCUGAUAAUGUCAACCAGUUUCCGAGUACAACAAAUGACAGUACAGAAAAAAUCAGCAUAAAAUUCGAUCAUGGAACUACAACUCUUGGUUUUCAAUUCAAAGGAGGAGUUGUUUUAGCAGUUGAUUCACGAGCUACUGGUGGUCAAUUUAUCGGUUCUCAGAGCAUGAAGAAAAUAGUAGAAAUAAAUGAUUAUUUACUUGGAACUCUUGCUGGAGGUGCGGCAGAUUGUGUUUAUUGGGAUAGAGUACUUGCUAAACAAUGUCGAAUGUAUGAAUUGAGAAAUCGAGAACGUAUUUCUGUUGCUGCUGCAAGUAAACUUAUGUCCAACAUGGUUUACAAUUAUAAAGGAAUGGGAUUAUCUAUGGGUAUGAUGAUUGCUGGAUGGGACAAACGUGGGCCAGGUCUUUACUAUGUUGAUUCAGAAGGUACUAGAACUCCAGGAAAAGUAUUUAGUGUUGGUUCAGGUUCGAUUUAUGCAUUUGGUGUAUUGGACUCUGGUUAUCGUUGGGAUUUAACAGAUGAAGAAGCUUAUGAUCUUGGAAGACGUGCUAUUUAUCAUGCUACUCAUCGAGAUGCCUAUUCUGGAGGAAUUGUUCGAGUUUAUCACAUGAAAGAAACUGGAUGGGUUCACAUUUCUGAUGAUGAUUGUAAAGAUCUUCAUUAUUUAUAUCAACAACAAAGAGAAGAGAGUAUUAAUCAGUAAAAAUACAAUUUAUUAUGAACGAGAUUUUUGAAAAGAGUAGUUCUUUUCUGGAUCAUAAAAUGAUGCGGAUGAAGCAGUGGAAUCAUCUGCCAUCUCUUCUUUAAUAAUUACUUUAAAAAUAAAUAAUUUUUCAAUGAAUUAAA